AUGACAAAAAAAUCAAUAAAUUUAGAAGUCGAUCCUUCUAUAAUGGAAAAAAAUAUGAGAAUUAUAAAAGAUAAUCCAGUUGAAGAGGAAUUAAAUAAAUUACUUUCUUCAGUUGAUUCAGUCCCAUCUAAGCUCGUUAAACCUAGACCAGGUUUUUGUGUUAAAACAUUUACAAAGCCUGAUAACAAGAAGGUUUUUGUGAACAUUUGUUUAACGGAAGCCAUACCAUGUCCGAGAGAUAUUACCAAUGAUGAGUUGAUGCAAAUAUUGAGUUCUGAUGAUCCCUCCAGUUACAGAGUACCUAUGAGCAUAGGGGAAGGUCGAACAGAAUUAGAUAAGUCUGGAGCACCUGCAACAGUGUAUGAUGUGGCGAUCAAUCCAAAUUUCUUCAGUAAAAUUGAGAAAGAUGAUUUGUUUCAAACAUUUUUUCUCACAGUUGUCUUUGAAGGAUUACAAGACAAAUAUCAGUUUGAAAUUGACUCACAAAAGUAUUCAGUUUUGAAGAAUAGGAAAUCUAUUGGUACACUUCAAUCUCAUAGAAUUCAAAUUCGAGAUAUUAAAACAUGUAAUGCAGAAACUAAGCCACUGAUAGAAGAAAUUCUUACUGAAUCUGGCCCAAAAAUGAAUGAAAUGCCUACACAAAUAAAGAAAGCAAUAGUGUAUAGACUAAGAAGAGAGCCUCCGACUGGUGAAAUACAAUAUUUAUUGGCUGAAUUUAGAAUUCCAGCAUCAGUAGAUAUAAAAGACUUACAUUUAGAGGUUGGGGAAGACAGGCUAGUUUUGGAUUCUAAAGGUCAAUUUGAUUCGGUGGAUUUCUUUCUACCGUGCAGUGUUGAUCAAGAGAUUAUAGAAGCUCAAUUGAAUAGAAAUAAUGAUAUACUGUCAGUGAAAAUGCCUGCAAUACAUUAA